AUGAAGACGCUCGUUACUCUAGCUGCCUUUGUGGCCGGUGCUCUCGCAGUGUCCGUUGAGGAUUGUCCUGGUUAUACAGCUUCAGACGUUGUCGAUACGGAUGGCACGCUCACUGCGGACUUGUCUCUCUCUGGUGAUGCAUGCAAUAUUUAUGGAACAGAUCUACCCGACCUCAAGUUGCUAGUCGAGUAUCAGACUGAUGCUCGGCUACAUGUGAAGAUAUAUGAUGCCGGCCUUGAUGUAUACCAAGUCCAGGAACAUAUACUCCCGAGACCAUCCAGCCAAAAUGUUUCUUCGUCAGAUGCCGCCCUACAGUUUUCACUUAUAGAAGAGCCCUUCUCCUUUGCUAUUAAACGAUCUAGCUCGGGAGAAGUCUUAUUCAACACCAAUGGCAGCCAAUUGGUUUUCAAAUCUCAAUAUGUCUACCUUAGAACCCAGUUACCUAAAAAUCCCAACAUAUACGGACUGGGCGAGCAUACCGACUCCUUUCGACUUCCUACUGAAAAAUACCAGCGUACUUUCUGGAAUUUAGAGUCCCCAUUCAUUCCGCGGCACGCAAACCUCUACGGAACUCAUCCGAUAUAUAUUGACCAUGGAAAUGCUUCAGGUUCUCAUGGUGUCUUUCUCUUAAAUUCUAACGGGAUGGACAUCAACAUAAACCAAACAGACUCGGGUAACCAAUUCCUAAAGUACAAUAUCAUCGGCAGUAUACUUAACUUUUAUUUCUUAGCCGGGCCUAGUCCUUCCGAAAUUAGUCGACAGUAUGCUAAAGUUGAUGUCAAUUAUGCGGCCGAAAUUGUUGCGAACUAUUCUACGGCAAAUAUCCCCCUCGAAACGCUAUGGGGCGAUAUCGAUUAUAUGGAUCUUCGACAGGUUUUCACUACAGAUCCGGAGCGGUUUCCUUUACACAAAAUGCGAGAGCUGGUCGCUACUCUACACAAGAGAAACCAGCAUUAUAUUAUGAUGCUUGAUCCUGGCAUUCAUAGAGCUAAUAACUACUCUACUUUCACUAGAGGCGAGGAAAAAAGCGUUUUCCUCAAAGCUAAUGACGGGUCUGACUAUCGCGGAGUGCAAUGGGCUGGUGAGGUUAUCUGGCCGGACUGGAUCGCACCAAAUACCCAAGACUGGUGGACGAACGAGAUCUCGCUCUUUUUUGAUCCUGAAACCGGUAUCGAUAUUGACGGGGCCUGGAACGACAUGAACGAAGCCUCCAACUUCUGUCCCGAUAUCUCCUGUGACCCGGCACAAGCAGCUAAACAAGGCAACAACCCCCCUCAGCCAGCCAACCCUCCCCGAGACAACACCGGACGACCCAUCCCCGGGUUUCCGGAUGACUUCCAACCAGCCUCGGUCGCCCAGUUUGGAAAGCUCCAGUCAAGGCAGACGACCGGUGGGCAGAUGAAGGGUCUUCCCGACCGCGACCUUUUCAAGCCCAAGUACCGCAUCAACAACCACAAGGGUGAACUGAGCGACUCCACACUAUAUAGUAACAUCACGAACGCAGACGGCACGUACCAAUACGACACGCACAACCUCUACGGCCUCACAAUGAUAACCGCAACACGCAACUCACUCCUAACCCGGCGCCCUGGAAGACGUCCCUUCGUACUAACACGCUCGUCCUUCGCAGGCGCCGGAUCCCGCGCCGCGCACUGGUUCGGCGAUAACUCGACAUGGUCGGACUACCGAGUAACUAUCCCGCAACUCCUAGGCUUCACAGCCGUGCACCAAGUGCCAAUGGUAGGAUCCGACGUAUGCGGUUUUAACGGGGUCGCCGACGAGCACAUGUGCGCGCGAUGGGCGCUACUAGGCGCUUUCAUGCCGUUCUACCGCAACCACGCGGACAUCUCGGCUCCCGCCCAGGAAUUCUACCUCUGGGACCUGGUCGCGGAGGCCGCGCGCAAGGCUAUCGAUGCUCGGUAUAGGUUGCUUGAUUACGUGUACACGGCGAUGUACCGCGCCAGCACGACAGGCGAACCGAUCGCCAACCCGUUAUUUUUCGUGUAUCCGGAGGAUGCGAAGACAUUUGGGAUUGAUACGCAGUUUUUCUACGGGGAUGCGCUGUUAGUUUCGCCUGUGACAGACGACUACUCCGACUCCGUUACGUAUUACCUCCCCGACGAUAUUUUCUACGACUUCUGGACGCUGGAGCUGGUUCGGGGGACGGGUGCUACGGUUACCGUGGACAAUGUGACUUGGACUGAUAUCCCGGUACAUAUUCGUGGCGGGUCGGUGUUGUCGCUGCGGACGGAGUCGGCGAAUACUACGACAUUGUUGCGGCAGAAUGAUUUUCAGAUUGUUGUUGCUCCGGGCUUGGAUGGGAAGGCGAAGGGGUCGUUAUAUCUGGAUGAUGGGGAUAGCCUGGAUGUGGGCGAUGCUAAAUCGGAUAUAAGCUUUACGUGGGAUGGGACGACGUUUAAGGCUGAUGGUACUUUUGGGUAUUCGACUGGGGUUGUGGUGGAGAGUGUAGUGGUCCUCGGCGGCGAGAAGCCGGUUGCUCAGAAGGGACCGUGGUCUCUUGAUGGGCCAUUUGAAGUUAUAUUCCAAUCUUGAGUCGAAUCUUGAAAGAGUUUCGAGUUAGUAUCAGAUAGUGUAUAUCAACCCCCCUUUUUGAAUAUAGGAGAAUUAUAA